AUGAUGGAUCUAAGGCGGUACCCACUGGAUGAACAAAACUGCACCUUGGAAAUUGAAAGCUAUGGAUAUACAACUGAUGACAUUGAGUUUUACUGGCGUGGAGAUGAUAAUGCAGUAACAGGAGUGACAAAGAUUGAACUUCCACAGUUCUCUAUUGUAGAUUACAAACUUAUCACCAAGAAGGUUGUUUUUUCCACAGGAAUCACAACUGUUCUUACAAUGACCACAAUCAACACCCACCUUCGGGAAACUCUCCCCAAAAUCCCCUAUGUAAAGGCCAUUGACAUGUACCUGAUGGGGUGCUUUGUCUUUGUUUUCAUGGCCCUGCUGGAAUAUGCUUUGGUCAAUUAUAUCUUCUUUGGGAGAGGACCCCAACGCCAAAAGAAAGCUGCUGAGAAAGCUGCUAGUGCCAACAAUGAGAAGAUGCGCCUGGAUGUCAACAAGAUGGACCCCCAUGAGAAUAUCUUACUGAGCACUCUUGAGAUAAAAAAUGAAAUGACCACAUCGGAGGCUGUGAUGGGACUUGGAGACCCUAGGAGCACAAUGUUGGCCUAUGAUGCCUCCAGCAUCCAGUAUCGGAAAGCGGGGUUGCCCAGGCAUAGUUUUGGCCGAAAUGCUCUGGAACGACAUGUGGCACAAAAGAAAAGUCGCCUGCGGAGACGCGCCUCCCAGCUGAAAAUCACCAUCCCUGACUUGACUGAUGUGAAUGCCAUAGAUCGGUGGUCUCGCAUAUUCUUCCCAGUGGUUUUUUCCUUCUUCAACAUCGUGUAUUGGCUUUAUUACGUGAACUAAAACAUGGCCUCUUACAGGAAGCAAGGACUAGAUUCCUCCUCAAACCAGUUGUACAGACUGACGUAGGACUUGGAAAACACAUCAAUCCAGGACAAAAGUGAUGCUAAAAUACCUUAGUUGCUGGCCUAUCCUGUGGUCCAUUUCAUACCAUUUGGGUUGCUUCUGCUAAGUAAUGAAUACACUGAGGUCCUUGCGGUUUUCCAGUUAAAAUGCAAGUGAUUUGCACACAUGCUGGCAAGAUUGAGUCUGUUUCACUUUAUCUGCUUAGUAUGCAGUCUACUCAAAGGGGAAUUAUUUAGAAGAUAUUCUUAGAAGGCUCAAUAGCAUUGUCAGUCAUUUCCCUGAGAAGUGGUCAUAUCCAGACACUCCCCAUCUGCAUUCCUAAGGUUGGCACACUGUUGAGAUGGCACUGUGCCUAUGCAACAUUAUCUGCAAUGCUGUGCAAACACGAUACUUGAAGAUGGUCUCUGCCCGUCUUAAGGUGAUAAUGGUGUCAUGGGAAGAUAAUUCCCACUGGAUUCUAGAAGAUUCUCAUGUAAUUGGAGCAGGAUGGGAGAGUCAAGACAGAAACUAGUCUCUGCUUGAGCACAAGGAAUCAACUAUGAUGUCUUUCAUUUUGGCAUUUAGAGACAGGGAGACUUCUGAACAUUAUAAUGCAAAGGAGUACAAGAAUUUUUUGCUAAAAAGAUAUAUUCUAGGUGGUUAAAAUAAGAGUUAACAAUGCAGGGCAGAGUAUAAAAUCCAGAAAUAACUGUUGUAACAUAAUUAAAGCCAGCAAGCAAGCAUGGCACUUAUCAGCUCCAUACAGCAUCUGGUCUAUACAUAGUGUAUCCAGUGGCAAAUGGUAGAGCAAAAGGGAUUUUUUUUUUCCAAACUCACAAGCUUUUGACAGCAUACCUAAAGAGGUGUUUAUAGUUUAUCUAAUAAGAGACAACCAUGAAAUAGAAAAGUCAGGGAAAUUAGAAGUAUAUUAGAUGUUCAGGUUAGAUUGGGAGUCAAAUAUACAAAUAUAGAGCAAACAAGUUUAU